GAUCGAUGUCCGUGCCGGCGUUCCAUGCAACCCGCAAUGAGCCCAAUGUUCAAAGCAAUAAUUUACCACCCCUGGCACCGGCAGCUGAGAGAUUGCGGCGGGCACUCAUUGAUGACCGACGCAUAGUGGAGUCGCUUCCCCAGGAUAGGCGACCACCUCUCAUAUCGUUUCAGCGCCGAUCCAAGAUCGGCAACGCAUGGGCAGGAAGCUCGCUGUAUAGUGCUGCCCUUCAAGAUCAUUUUGCACGCUCAUUAAGUUUACAUCGUGUGACUGUCCCAUCCAAUGCUGUAAUCAGUCGUCAGAGUGCGCCAUUUGUUUCUGGCAACGGUCGGUUAAGCACAGUUCUGGCAAAGCCAUGCUUGGACCCCCGUAAGCGUCAGCGCGCAAAAUGGGAACGUGAGAAAGAUAUUGCCAACCGGAGGAAAUCUCCAGGGAAAACAUUGCUGGAUCCUCUACAACAUGCUCCUCUCGCAUGCAGAGGCGCCCAAUUCAACGACGAAAAGGAAGCUUCACUGGAUCCACCAGCAAAACCCCUUACGCUUGCCCAGCGCCUUGGUAUUGUUGCCAGACCACCGCCUCGACUGACCUCCGACGAGUGGGAGAUCGUCAAGGACUUGUCCUUGAAACGAGAUAAUGGUGUGGAUCCCUGUCCAAUCUGUCAAGAACCUUUUACGACGGAGCACCAGGUCCUUCUCUCUUGCUCGCAUCUUUUCCAUCGCGCAUGUUUGGAUUCGUAUGAACGGUAUGUCCAGAAGAAAUCUUGCCCCCUCUGUCGCGAAGCCAAUUAUGAAAAGAGGCUUAUAUUUGAAGGCAAGAAGAGGUACCUGCACACAGCAGCAACCAUAAUUCAAAAAACAUGGAGAAUGUGGGUUAAGAGGAGACGUUAUCAAACUUACCGAAAGAAUCAUCCGCCGAAUGACCGACGUCUUCUCUCGAGCUGGCAUAUGGAACGGCUCUCGGACUACACGGAUAUCUUAGCGCAACAAGUACACUUUGAAAGCCAGGAAUUGCAAAGCUUUCUGCGUGAAAUGGACAAUACGCUCGCUCAAAGCAGAACAACAAUUAAUGAAACUUCAGCCAAGUUUGCAUCUCUUCAAGUGAAGGCGUGCCUUACUCAGGAGGAAUGGGACGAGAUCACAUCCCGCGCCUGUGAGAGGGGACUGGAAGAUGAUUGCGCGAUUUGCAUCAUGCCUCUAUGUCCCGCACCAAAGGCAGGGAGUAAACGACCAGCUAAACAACUUACUUUGCUGAGCUGCUCACAUAUAUUCCAUGCUCAGUGUCUCAAAUGCUUGGAAAAAUUCGAUAACAAUCUACAUGUUCAUGCAUGCCCCGUUUGCCGUACAGAAUAUGAGAGAAUAUUGCUUUAGAAUAUAGCGUUGAACAACCUAUGCGGUCAUGCACUUCUCAAUGUCAUCACCGGAGCGUCGUUAUUAUUAACCGCGCGAGCAAUGGCCAGAUCAGAUCCAUUUCUUUUUAAAGAAUGUUUAUCAAUGGAUUCUGAACAUCCAAGACAACGAUAAGCGAAGCUCAUGCAUGACUUUGAAUAUGUAUCAGUUUCCUGGAUGCACUGAGAUGUGGCACCGAAUCAGAAGUAACAGUACUACGGAAAUAGCUGAGCAACAUGGCGGUUACAAACAGUCGUCGGAAGGAGAGGUUUUUCUCGUGAGUGGAGACGCCAUAUCAUUCAUGUCGUUCACGGGAUGGAGUAACAAACAAUACUGCAGAGAGUGAUACGCAACGUACAUCUGAUCGGGAGGGCUCGAAGGUGUUCA